UCAUGCUGCUGCCAGGUCCAGAGUGUCUCAUGGGUCCCUGUACGGCCUCCCAUUGCUGCUGUCUCCAUCGCCACACUCUGCCAUGUGCCACUUUCAGGUCUCCUCACACUGCUGGUGUGUUUCCAUUUAUUGUCAUAGGGUGCUGGCAGAUUACGGGCCUCCCAUUGCUGCUGCCAGGCCCGUAAUCUGCCAUGGGCCCCUGUACCGCCUCCUCAUGCUGCUGCCAGGUCCAGAGUCUCUCAUGGGUCCCUGUACGGCCUCCCAUUGCUGCUGUCUCCAUCGCCACACUCUG